AUGCUUGACUGGAUACUCUCAUCGACGCUACCACGCGGUUUAUUCAAUCUAUACACACAAACAUUCCCGCCAUCGCCCACUUGGACAGAUGCUGAUAUCCCCGAUCUCACCGACAAGACUAUCAUCGUAACAGGCGCUUCUUCAGGUAUAGGCAAGGAUACUGCACGCGCGCUACUCCACCAUAACGCCGACGUUUACAUCGGUGGCAGGAAUAAAUCCAAGAUCGAAAGCGUGAUUGAUGAAUUGCGCAAUGAAACUGGCAAGACAGCCCAACCCUUUCUUGUUGACCUUUCGGAUUUCGAUUCCGUUAAUAAUGCAGCUCACGAAUUUUUGCACAAAGAAACUCAACUAGCUGCUUUGUUCUGCAAUGCUGGAAUCAUGGCUGCCCCAGUCGAGCUGCUCAGCAAACAAGGCUAUGAUAUUCAGUUUCAGACUAACGUCAUGUCCCACUAUCUCCUCGCUACUCUUCUCCACCCUGCGUUAGACAACUAUAGCAAGAACAACUAUCGUAAUGAAAAAGCGCGCGUCGUGCACACUUCUUCGGCUAUGCAAUCAUUUUUCAUACAUGAAACAGGUAUCGAUUUCCAUCUGCUUAAGGAUGGCCAUCUGAGACGGAGCACAAAUAUCAAUACUUGGGAUUUGUACGGUUAUUCUAAAAUUGGUAAUACCGUCAUAAGCAAUAUCUUAAACAAGCAGCAAGUAAAUGUCAGUCAUAGCAGCUGUCAUCCCGGUAUACUGCAAACAGAGCUAUGGAGACACACGCGUAUACCUGGUUGGAAGGCCUUCUUCUCUAGCUUUAUACUCUAUCCAAGCAGCCUAGGCUCGCUCACUCAGCUGUAUCUUGGCACUGUGGAAAAAGACACAGAAGGUUUAUAUGGUAUUCCUUGGGCACGCCAUGGUAUAGCUGAUAAGCGUACUUCCGAUCCAUCUCUAAACAAAGAUCUUGAGGAGUGGUUGCAGACUGAGCUUGCAGGUUAUUUGCCACAAUGA